AUGCCCUCCGCCUCGCAGGCGGCCCUCGUAAGCCGCCCUGCGCGCAACGGCGACCCACAGCCUGCUCCUCCCACCACAGAGUCCUCCUCAAUAAAGCGCGACCUGACGUCCUGGUGGAGACAAUUCGGGAAGCGCAGCACCGUAAAGAAGGACGAAGAGAAAGACCGUGGCAUCUUCGGAGUACCGCUCAACACAAGCAUCCCUUACGCCAAUGUCGCCAUUUCUCUGUUCAACGAUGCCGGGGAAAGCUACAUCUACGGCUAUGUCCCCAUUGUUGUCGCCAAAUGUGGUGUCUUCCUCAAGGAAAAGGCCACCGAUGUGGAAGGUAUCUUUCGCCUGGCUGGUUCUGAGAAGCGUAUCAAGGAGCUCAAGGCGGCUUUCGAUACACCCCCCAGGUUCGGGAAAGGCCUCGACUGGACGGGCUACACGGUCCACGACGCGGCGAACAUAUUACGACGCUACUUCAACAUGCUCCCCGAACCCAUCAUCCCUCUGCAAUUCUACGACACGUUCCGGCAACCUCUCAUAAAUCACCAGGCAGAAGCCGUGGGGCAUAUUGACGGGCAGGAUCCAUCCAUCGGUGGCUUUGACCCGGAUGCUGCUGUCCGCACAUACCAGCGCCUCAUCAAGGAGCUCCCUGCCCUCAAUCGCCAGUUGCUUCUGUAUAUCCUCGACCUGCUUGCCGUAUUCGCUGCCAAGUCCGAUAUCAACAAGAUGACCACAUCCAAUUUGGCCUCCAUCUUCCAGCCAGGCAUAAUCAGUCAUCCAAAGCACGAAAUGUCACCCCGAGAUUACAGACUCAACCAGGACAUACUGAUCUUCUUGAUCGACAACCAAGACCAUUUCCUCAUCGGCAUGGAAGGCACGGCAGUUGAUGAGGGGACGGUCAAGCAUAUUCAGAGCAGGCCCUCAGCCCCUCGGGAGGCAACACCCACCACCCCAGGUCGCACUUCUGGCCUUGGGCGAUCUGCAUCCGCUGCUUCAAGUGCUGCCGCAGAGAGUCUUCGCAAAUAUGGGGGAGUGCGCCGCAAUGUGUCCACAUCCUCAAAACAUUCUCGUCUCUCUGGUGCUAUUCCUAGUCCGACCGGUUCGCAGUUUGGCACGCCAACCACCUCGGGCGUCCAUCGAAGUAACACGUUGCCUUCAAAACGCUCCCCUGCCAUCCGGAGCACAGCAUUUCAGCCACAUGAGCCGGUCUCCCCUCCACCAGAGCUAUUGCGCUCUCCUGUGACGCCAGCAAAACCCCCGGCUGCGCCGACCACCACACCAGUAACCAAGGAAUCGGACCAGGCGGUUCAGCAACCCAUCGCGUCGGAGAAACUGGACGUGGUCAAACGCGAGACGGGAGCGAAGGAGUCGCCUCGACCCACUCCCACCGACGUGCCUGGAGCCUAUCCACUGCCCUCCCCAGAUGUUGCGCCGCCGUCAAGCGAAGUCAUCACGCCCACAGCGCCCGCAACGAAUCCAGCUUCACAGAGUCUGAUACCACCAGCAUUGUCGAAUCAGGGUGGCGGCAGUCCUUUGCACACCCCCAGUCGAGAGAGGUCCGAGUUCAUGGAGGGGCCCCUCGAUAGCGAAGCUGCCUCUGGAGCCUCGCCUGGGAGGAGGACGUUCACACAGAUCCUGAGCAAGGUAUCACCUUCAAGCGAUGAGAAGAAAGAACACCGCAAGCCCAACAAACUUCAAAAGAAGCAGCGACUGCCAAGUAGUGCCAAUCCCAGUGCACACAGUUCUACACAGUCGCUAACAGGAGCAGAAGGUCCGCCAUCGCCACUGGGGCAUCUCCCUGUUGCUGAGCAGACCCCGGCGACGAAAGACGUGCCCCUCGCUCACAAUCACGAUGCGAAUUCGUCGCGGCAUUCGGGCGCUACAUUGAAGCCUAGCAUGUCUCCUUCGGCUUCGGUGAGGACGCAUUCGACUGCGACGGAAUAUUCGGAAGCGGAGCAUGGGGAGAGUGGUCCAAAGGAGGAGAAGGAAGAGAGACGCAGGUUCUGGAAGGGCCAUCGCCGAGGCGAAAGCAAGGCGACACCGUCGACCAGCCAAAAUGAUGUGUCCAACUCGGUGCCAGGUGCUGAUAAGAGCAUGAGCUCCUUUGGCAGCGGUUCUCGGGGAAACCGUCGGAGUCUUCAAUUCGACACCAAGGAGACAAGCGAAGCGUCUCUCGUCCAGGCUUCACCGGACUCCAAAGAACACGAGAAAAAGGGGGGAAUCAGCAACUGGUUCCGUCAUAAACGCGCAAAGAGCCCUCCGGGGGAUGUGUCCGAGGUGGGCGGCGCUCAACCACUCAUACAGCCCUUUGGACAAGAGGCACCUCCUAGGGGAGGGAAGAGCAUAGAAAUUCCUCGGCCUGGGCCGGUCGAGACCGACAACAGCCAUGUGCCCGAGGUCAUGACGACGGCUCCAAGCCCGGACACGUCUGCAAUACUUUCAGCUCCUGUUAAUUCAGCCGGCGCUACUCAACCUUUGUUGGAGGCGUCGCAACCGACAGCUAAGUCGUCGGAGAAAUCGAGCGUUUGA